AUGGAUUUAGUAAACGAGAUAUUAGAGCGGGAGCAGCAGAAGGCUGAUAAGUAUAAGCCUAUUACAGUUGAAAAACACCUGGAUGUCGAAUUUGAUAUUGGCACGCUCGUUGCAUUUGACACUAAUGAUCUCGAUUCUAAACUUAUCAAGUCAGAAAAAGACAGGGAUUCUUACUUGGAAUCAUUAACUCGUGACAAUACGCAGCUCUUAUUGAAUAAAAUAUGGGAGCUUUCAACUGAGAGAAUAGAUGAGGCAAUUGUAGUUCGAUUACCACAACCAACAACUGUAAUUCCUAGAGCUAAACCUGUGCCAAAACCUAAACCAUUAACUAAAUGGCAAGAAUUUGCUAAAGCUAAGGGCAUAACUAAGACAAAGAAGUCCAAGUUAGAAUGGGAUGAACAGUUACAAAAAUGGGUACCAUUAUAUGGUUUCAAAAAAGCAGCUGCAGAAAAAGAAAAGAACUGGCUGAUACCUGUUCCACAAAACCUAGAUCCAAUGACAGAUAUGUAUGAAAAAAAAGCAUCAGAGAAGUCAGAAAAAGUAGCAAAGAAUGAAUUACAACGAUUGAAAAAUAUUGCUAGGGCAAGAAAAGUUAAAAUACCUAGAGUUGGAUUACCAAUUACAUCUGAUAAAGCUUCAUCCACACAGUUGGCCACAGCCACCUCAGUGGCAAAGGCGUCAACAGCAUCUCUUGGUAAAUUCCAAGAUAAACUUCCAAAAGAAAAAGAUGCCAGGGGCAAGGGAGUCCAUGAGCUCAUUCCAGGAAAAGAAAGAAAGAGAAAACUUCCAGUGCCAACUCCAGCUGCUGAAAAGGAGCACAAUUUGAGUAUCAUUGACAGGAUUCUUAAGAAACGGCCUAAAAUUGAUAUGGAAAAAGCUGUUUCAAAACAUAUUCAUGAAGAACAAGUACAGAGAUCAGAAGAAAAACAGAGUAUGAAACCUAUGAAAGGUAAACCAAAAGGUAAAGGUAAUGCAACUAACUUUUCAGCAAAGAAGCCUAAAGGAGGUAGGGGACAGAGAAAUCCUAAUAAAAAGAACCCUGGCAGGAAGAGGAGAUAA